CCGCUACUUCCAUCGGUGCUUGAGACAGGGCAAUCCGAUGCUCUUCUAUCGAUUGCUUUGGCCUCGCAGUUUCCUGUUUGGAGCGGAGAGAAAACAUGGCGGCCCCCUCGUGUGAAGUAAUGCUUGCUCCUGUCAAAAAGCCAACAGUCCGAGGACCCCGCCGAGUGGCCAAUCAGAUUCCUGAUGAAAUCCUGCAGGAUCCCGAGUUGCAGGAGGCCAUGAAAGCCUUACCCGCAAACUACAACUUUGAGAUCCCCAAGACCGUGUGGCGAGUCAGACAAGCCAAGGCAACAAGAGUGGCUCUGCAGCUUCCAGAGGGCCUGCAGUUAUUUGCUUGUGUCAUCGCAGACAUCAUCGAGAGGUUCACGGAAGCGGACACCAUCGUGAUGGGGGACGUGACAUAUGGGGCUUGCUGCCUGGACGAUUUCACCGCCCGAGCCUUGGGAGCCGACUUCAUGGUGCACUAUGGACACAGUUGUCUCAUCCCCAUCGACUCCACUACCCAAAUUAAGAUGCUUUACGUGUUUGUGGACAUCCAGAUGGACAACGCACACUUACUGGACACGGUCAAGUUCAACUUCCCUCCUGGACAGUCCCUGGCGCUCGUGAGCACCAUUCAGUUUGUGGCUGCACUGCAGGCUGUGAGUGCAGCCCUUAAACCAGAGUAUGAUAUGGUGGUUCCACAGUGUCGACCUCUGUCACCAGGAGAAAUUUUGGGCUGCACCUCUCCUCGCUUGGACCGCCACGUCAAUGCCAUAAUGAAACCGGAGUACCCAAAGAAAACCCACGCAGGCACAGGGAGAACAUGUAAACUCCACACAGGCGAGGCCGGAUUUGAACCCCGGCCCUCAGAACUCUAUUUGGGAGAUGGAAGAUUUCACCUGGAGUCGAUCAUGAUCUCAAAUCCAGAUAUCCCUGCGUACAGGUACGACCCAUACAGUAAAGUCUUCUCCAGGGAGUACUACGACCACGUGGCCAUGCGUGCCUUGAGGCUAGAGGCCAUCGACAAGGCUCGCUCAGCCCAGAGAUGGGGGCUCAUUUUGGGCACGCUGGGCCGUCAGGGAAAUCCAAAAGUUCUGGAGCACCUAGAAUCAAGGCUGCAGUCGUUGGGCAGGCGCUUUUCUCGAGUUCUUCUGUCUGAGAUUUUCCCCAGCAAGUUGGAUCUAUUGCCUGAUGUCGAUGCGUGGGUACAGAUUGCGUGUCCACGGCUGUCCAUCGAUUGGGGUUCGGCGUUCUCAAAACCCCUGCUGUCUCCCUAUGAGGCAGCAGUGGCCCUCCAGGAGACGUCCUGGAAGGAGGUCUACCCCAUGGACUUCUACUCCAAUCAGAGCCUCGGGCCGUGGACCCCCAACCACCCGGACAACCAGCCUGUUCGCCCCACUCGAGCAAAAGCCCAGGUUGGCUCUCCGGCUGCUUCCCUACAGAAAGCCAACAAGCAGCCUGCCCAGGCGCAGUGCGCCCCCUGUGGCUGCCAAGGGGAAUAAUGCAGCAAGAGUUCUCAAGACUGAUUAGAAGAAAGUGGGUAUACACUUAAGCCAACCUGCUAAAACGAAUCCCUUACUUCUUACAGCAAAUCACUCUGUACUUCUCCACACACUGCAGCAUUCAGAACACUUGUUAACACACAUGAGAUAAUAUCUCUGACGUCCUCAUGCAUGUUCAUUAGUAGCAUUCCCAUGGAGAAGUUGUCGGAGUUUUGCCCCCAUGCGCUGGAAAUGUAAUGGAGAGACGCCAUUGGGGACUGUGUGAAGGAAAAAGAAAGUGAGACAAUGACCAAGAGUGUGGUGACUUUGGUCGGACGCGACCCACUUGGAUUUGAUUUAAAUGCUGUACGAGCAGUGUUCUUGUUGUUCACGCCAUGCUUCACACGCAGCCCUUCUGGGAUCCACUCUAUGGGAUGAAGCACUUUUUUAUUUUUUUUUAUUUUUUUGUUUUUUUAAAGCACAGCAAGAGCUUUCUGCCCAAUAGCUCUGCUACGACAGCACUGUAAUUGUUACUUUUAUGACAUUUUAGUAAACAAUAAAUGGAAAACAAAUUA